AAAACGACUUUGACUACUACCAUCAAAUAUUUCUGUAUGCUAGCUAUGCUAACCAGCUUAUACAAAAGGCAGUCACAUCUUCUAAACCUGAAAAGGGACAACUUCUACAUGUUAUGCAGCAAAAACAGCCAACUAUAUCCAAAUCGGACUUAAGUAAGCACAUUGUGGGCCUGUUACAAUACAUAAAUCAUGACGGAUUUGAUGAAUAUCCACUUUGUUAAAUCAGAUUAGCUGAAUACACGCCAAGUUGGUCAAUGGAACGUCUACAUUCCAUUGACUCCUUCCUUUACCACAUCUAAUAGUGCUCUCUAUUACGUUGCAAUGACGUGAUUUGAAGUUGCAUUACAUUCCAAAGACUGAUGCUGAACACAGAAACAGGCAGAGUUGGUUGAUGAGCUGUUAAGUGGGCGUAUCACACUAACUGAAAAGUUCCAUGGGAAUGUAAACUCCAUCAUUGGAACUGUUCCGGUGUUUAUUCAUAACACACGCAUUACCAAUAUGUCCGAUUCAGGCCUCCUGUCUGAUUCCAAACAGUGUUCUCCGAAUUCAGGGGGAACCAUGCUAUCAGGGAUUGAAGAGGAGCCAACAGAAAAUGGUGAUGAGGAGUUGAAAGAUGGCUUAUUGGAACCACCAGAAAUGUAUAUGAAAGACAGGCGAAGAGCGAAAUCCCUGCCUGCGUACCCCAAGCAGGCUACGCUUUUUCAAGAAAUAGCCAAUAACGGCCGAAAACGGGUGAAGUUCGCAGACUCCAUUGGGCUUGAUUUGGCAAGUGUGAAGCACUUCAGCACAGCGGAAGACCCGCAAAUCCCUUCCAAUGUAUUUUCGAGACUGCAGAGCUUUCCCCCUCAACCGCAGGACCGAGAGUAUCGAAUUGGGGACCUGUGCGUAAACUUUAAAUCCACCUUGACCAUGGACCGUCUCAUCCCAACUUUCAAGAUGCCAGUUGAGUCUGAUGAUUUUGAAACCACGGUAUUGCAGCGCCACAUUAACCUGGAGAAGGUGACCAUCACCCGGUUUGACGUCCGUGGGCAGAUUCGGACGAAUACUCAAAGUUGUUGCAAGAGGGAAGUUGGUGUGAGGUACACGUUCAACGAGUGGCUGUCUUCCGUGGACGCGCAGGCGAUACCCAUGCCCGUUGGUGACAAUAUUGUCGGAUCUGUGGAUGACUGAUGAACAUUUCUCAGCUACACUGCCAAUGGGGACUGCACAGACCCAAGACCAUACUAAAAGACUGCCAAUUAAGCAGUUUAAGAGACAUGACAGUCCAUCUCACCUGUAGCAAAGGGGACUUCACCUGUUCUACAUCAUAUUUGCAUAUCAUGUCAUCCAAUCAGAAGGAGAGCUAUCCUACUGUACUGAGGUGUGAAUUGUAAUGAGUUAUGAAUUCAGAUAUUUUUAUGAAUUGUGUUAUUGUGCUAAUCAGUUUCAUGAUUGUGAAUGUUCUCUGCCAUAUUAACAAUUGCAGUACAGUGCACUCCGCUAAUAUGACUGAAUCAUAUAAUCAAUUUAGUGAUGUAAACAUCCUUACAAUGUACAAUGUCCUUGGCACUGUACACAUUGUCAUACUUAUAAGCGGCGGGCACUGCACUUCAUAUAGUCAACUCAUACAGUGUGUGCACCACCUAAUUCUAUGUGAAUCAACGGUAAAAGAUAAGGCUAAAACUUGUGGUAGCCUAUUUCCUAUAGAGUGCACUACUUUUGACCUAUAGUGCAAUACUUUUGAUCUCUGGUCAAAGGCAUUGCACUAAAGGGAAUGGCUGGUCUAAAGUAGUGUACCAUUUCAGACAUAGCCUUUGAUUCAGGGCCCAUAAUAUUGCAGAGUAUGAAAAUGUGUGAUGUAUCCUAGUUAUAAUAAAAUCAUGUGAAGCAAAAUCUGUGAAAGAGUUCUCUGCCACGAAACAUAUUAAUUAUUGUUUGUACUCCCAUGGGCACCAAGGAAAGAUUAACGAGCAAUCUGUUAUAUUGGUGUGCAUGGCUACACAGUGAAUGGCUUGUAGAGCUUGAACAGUGAAUAUCUACACUGGAUUGUUAAUUGGACUCGCUGUCAUUUCUUGAUUUCUAGUUUAUUUAAUUUUUUAUUAUUUGUGUUUUUGUAAUAUUGUGUUUGCGAGACAUUCUGCUGCACUGUUGGCGCUAGUAACAUAAGCAUUUUGCUGCACCUGGUAUAACUUCUGCAAAUCUGUGUACGCGACCAAUCAAAUUUGAUUUGGAUAAAAUAGUCUAAAAGGCAGCAGGUUCAUGGAACAUAAUGUAAAACACAUAUUUACUGCUCUCUGUAGAGUACUGGUUUCCCUCAAUUAAUGAGAAGAACAGAGAUCUAUGUGUUAGCAUUACACAGUGCCCAUUGGCACACAGCAUUGCUGUCCAAAUUACAGCUAUGACUACAUUUUAAAUAUUUUACAUAUGUUUGGGGGUGGAACUUGGUAAUGCUUUACAUCAACUGCAUAUUAUAAAGCAUACAUUACACAUCUACGUACCUAUGAAUUCAUACAUAGGCCAGUUACAAUAUUCUGUAAUACAUUUGUUUAAUGUAAAACUUAUGACAUCCAUAUAAUUACAUAGAAUCUCUAUGAUGACAUCACCUUAUCAAAACUCCUCCACUGCUUUCUCUACAGUCAGAACUUUCCCAGUGUGUUUGGAAUACUGUUGGUGGGUAUAUGAGCAGCAUACUAUUGAUGCCAGUGAUGUCACUUCCCUUGUUAGGUCUGUCAUGUACCCUUGGUUGUUGUCAGGUUGUUGUCCCAUACUAUACCUGUCCCCUGACCAAAGUUCAAGAGGCAAAUCAGCAAAUCACAUGGAGUUGUUCACUCUGUCAACAGAGAAUCGCUGGUUUCCAGGCUGCAGCGAUAAUAAUCUCUCCAGACAACAUCCACAUAGACCAGUGUUCAAAUAUGAAAUCAUUUCAAAUAGUGUUUGAACUCAGGUCUGGAGUCCGCACAGCAUGUCUAUGUACUCGUUCCUGUAACGGUCCAGUCUUUUUCAGACUCUUGGCCUACUGAACUGAAUGUAAACAGACUAUAGACAAUGUGAAAAUGCAAAGUUCGUCUCAAUCUUAAAUGGUAUGUUGAUGUAACAGUGCAACACGGUAUGUUGUUUUAACCCUGCGAUUCAUGCACUAAACAUGACAUCAAUUAGGCUAUUGAAUAUAUGAACCAAUGAAAUGGACGAAGUGUUUCAAAUGCAAAUGCUAUUUUUCUUAAACAGUACAUGACAUUUUGAUAAUAAACUGUCCUUAUCCAG